AUGGUUGACAAUAUGGAAGUUGAUAAAAAGAAUGGGAAGAAAUAUAUUUUAGGCAUAGAAGGAAGCGCUAAUAAAUUAGGCAUAAGUAUUAUAAAUGAAGAUAUGAAGAUUUUAGUAAAUAUGAGAAGGACAUAUAUAUCUGAAAUAGGAUGUGGAUUUAUACCUAGAGAAAUUAGUGCUCAUCAUAGAUAUUACAUUGUUGAUAUGAUAAAGAGUUGUUUAAAAAAAGUAAAUAUAAAAAUAAGUGAUAUUACAUUAAUAUGUUACACGAAAGGUCCAGGUAUCGGAUCAGCUCUUUAUAUAGGUUAUAAUAUAGCGAAAAUAUUACAUUCUUAUUUUAAUAUACCCGUGGUUGGUGUUAAUCAUUGUAUUGCUCAUAUCGAAAUGGGUAUAUUUAUAACAAAAUUAUAUAAUCCUAUAGUACUUUAUGUGAGUGGAAGUAAUACACAAAUUAUAUAUUAUAAUGAUCAUAAAAAGAAAUAUGAAAUAAUAGGAGAAACCUUAGAUAUUGCUAUAGGUAAUGUUAUUGAUCGCUCAGCAAGAAUUUUAAAAAUAUCUAAUGCACCUUCCCCAGGAUAUAAUGUAGAACUAUUAGCUAGAAAAAAAUAUCUACUAAAUAUUAUGAAAAGAAAUAAAAAUAAAAAUAAAAAUAAAAAUCUUAUGAAGAAGCAACAACAAAUGAAAGAUAAUGACUUCAACUCAAAUGAAUUAAAUGAUGAACAAAUAAAUGAUAAUAAAAAAAUCGAAGACUUUACAGAAUUAUUAUUCUUUCCUUAUACUAUCAAAGGUAUGGAUAUAUCUUUUAGUGGGUACGAUUUUUAUAUCACCAAAUAUUUUUCCAAAUAUAUGAAUAAGAAGUCAAAAACAUUAAAUAAGUUAGAAAAACAAACAACCAAUCAAAGAUGCAAUGAAAAACGAAAGGAUAACCAAUAUGAUUAUAAAAUAAAAUGUAAUGAAAAGAAACAACAGCAAGAACAACAAAAAGAUACAUAUAGUAAUAUAAAUAAAAAAUGUAAAAUAGAAAAUGUGAAUGAACAAACAAUUGAAUCUAAUCAAAAUAACAAUAAUAUGUAUAAUCAAAAUGAACUAGGAAAGGAAACGUUUAAGAAUAUUGAACCUUUAAAUGAUAACUAUAAAAAUGAUUAUGAUAAGGUGAAAGAAGAUAUUAUAGAUAAUCAUAACGGUACCGUGCAAAAUAUAAAUGAUGAUGAUAAUAAUAGUAGUAAUAGCUUUCAGAAAAAUAAUAAAUUAUUUUAUGUUGCUGGUCUUAAAGGUAAUUCCUACUAUGAAGACAAUAUAAUUUUUGAAAGUGAACAUAAAGAAAAUUACGGAGAGAAUGAUGAAUAUAUUGAUGAUAAUUGUUCUAUUGAGACUGCUAGUGACUUCUAUGAAAAAAGUGUAAAUGAAGAAGAACAAGAUAUAAUUGAUCUUACAGAUGAAGAAAAAAGAAAAAUACAAAUAUGCUAUAGCUUACAACAUCAUAUUUUUAGUAUGCUUAUUGAAAUUACAGAAAGAGCUAUAGCAUUUACAAAUAGUAAAGAGGUUAUUAUUGUAGGAGGAGUUGGAUGUAAUUUAUUCCUUCAAAAUAUGAUGAAAAAAAUGGCGAAACAAAAAAAUAUUAAAAUUGGAUUCAUGGAUCACAGUUAUUGUGUUGAUAAUGGAGCUAUGAUUGCAUAUACCGGAUAUUUAGAAUAUCUACAUGCAAAAAAUAAAGAUAUAUAUAAUUUUAACAAUAUAACUAUUCAUCAGAGAUAUCGAACUGAUGAUGUUUUCGUAACAUGGAAAUAA